GACAGUCUUUUUUGACAUUUGCCAAGAAAAGGUUAAAAAUCCGCAAAUUUUGUGCGUUACUUUCGCAAAACCAGUUUUUAAAACACAACUUAACAGAGCCAACGAAUCAAUUUUCCACUUUUUUUCAAGUGAAUAUAAGUUGCAACCAUUUCGUUUCAAAAUGCCAUCUAACAUGAAUAAUAAACUCGACCCAACGUUUAGUAGUAGUAUCAGUAGUAGAAGAGAAGUUAAUGAAAACGCUCUUGGAUACCCUAGUGUAUCCAAGGCACGCACCGUCUCCGCAUCUUCUUGCGCUACUAGCGUCUCGAAUGAGUCCUUCUGUAUCUCUCUCGGCGUAGGGCCUCUGUGGUGGUUUGAUGUCCCUACCCACCACAGAACUGAUCACGAUAGGGCGUCACUCUUAACUGAACAAUCUCGGAAGAUUUCUGUGGAUUCAGCUGGUGGCAGUGUAUUCGAACACAGCCGCACUUCGUCGGAGUGCUCUGAUUCGGAUGGCAGCGAUUCACAACAUAGCAGCAGUGAUGCACAAUCACUAUAUUCGGACGAAGAUUGCCAAGAGAUGGUCAAACAUAUCUUGCAACAUGAUAAUCCAACUCGUAUAACCAUCAAAUUGCACGUUACGGAGAACCAGUUCUCGGAAUGGGAAUCGGUCUUGAAUCCGGAGAAUAACAUUUUGUACGUUGCAAUGCCGGAAAAGCUUCCCCCAGAGGCUUCGAAGGACACAUUCAUCUCUUUGUUGGAGUUCGCUGAAGACAAAUUGGAUGUCGACGCAGUUGUUUUAUGUGUACGCAAGAAUCGACCAGAUCGCGCAUCUCUUUUCGAGACUUUCUUGAUUAUGGGUUUCCAACCAUUGUCCAGAAAAUCACCAUUGGCACCACCAUCCACUGCUAAGACUUCUGAGAAUUAUUACUUCAUCUACCACAUUGAAGACUAAGUUGACAUAACAAAUAACAUCAUUAUAAUAAAUGUGUGUGACGCUAACUCAUUCGUAAAACAAAAGAAGUAAUUUCAAAAUUUUAAGAAAAACACCAAACAUACAUGCUUCGAAACACAUUUAAAAAGGGACAACAAAAUAAAUGACUGAGAAAACAUCCAUUAGCGCUCACAACACAAUAUGUCAACUUUGAGCAAGAAAGUUAAGAGUAAAGGCAAAAAUAUCGUAUUUUAUUCAAAAACACUAAAAAAAGAUAAAAAUGUAAAAAAAAAAUUUAAAAAAUUAAAAAAAGAUACAAAAAAAAUUGUAAUUAUAGGUGAAUUAUAUAUUGAAUUCCUACACAUAUGAUUUAAA